AUGCUUGUCUGGCGACGUUUUAUUCAUUCGAGUGUACCACGAUAUUUAUCUCAAUCAGCUGCUGCGGCAAAUACAACAUCGCCAUUGAGUGUCUUACGGAAAAAAACGGGUUAUUCAUUAUCUCAUUGUCGGGCAGCACUUCAACAAUUUAAUGAUAAUCUUGAACAAGCUGAAACAUGGCUUCAUCAACGUGCUCAAGCUGAAGGUUGGAGUCGAGCAACAAAAUUACAAAGUCGUGCUGCAUCACAAGGUUUGAUUGGUAUUGUAACUAAUGCAGAUGCAGCUGCUAUGGUUGAGAUUAACUGUGAAACAGAUUUCGUGGCUAAGAAUGAGAAAUUUCAGCAGCUUGUUUCUCAAGUUGCAAAUAGUUUAAUUGCAAAUCAAAAGGAUAAAGCACAAGAAAAGGCAUUCUAUGAUAAAGAUACUCUAGCCGCAUUACCUUCGAUUGAUGAUCGUUCAAAAACAUUAGCUGAUAUUGCAGCUCUUUGUGUUGGAACUGUAGGAGAAAAUGUUGUUCUAAGACGUGGCAUCGUAUUUAAUGGUAAAAAUAAUCAACUAUUAGCUAGUUAUUGCCAUGGACAAGUCAAUAGUACAAGUACAGAUACGUGUCGUAUGGGAAGAUAUGGUGCACUUGUUAAUUAUUCUCAAAUUGAUCCAACGAAAACACAUACGUCUGACGAUGAAAACACUUCGACAUCGCCUUCAGUUAUAUUGACACGUUCCUAUCCGUUACGAACAAUUUGUGAAAAUAAUUUUCAGAAACCUAUUGAAUUAAGUACGUAUCUUGAUCAAGAAGAUGAAGCUAGUCAACUUCAUGAAUAUCUCAAUGGAUAUGUUUAUGCAUUACCCUCACGUGAAACUACACAUGAUUUACUUAUCAAAAAUUUAACUGCACAAAUUGAACAACAACAAAUAAAAAAUGUUCAUUUACUUCCAAUGAAUAUUCGUACACAAACACCUGAUCCUACUUACAUCUACUAUCCAAGUUUAUGUCUCAGUAUUCGAGCACCAAAAUCUGAUCAAGCAAUAACUCGUGAACCAGUCAUUAUCGUUGAGCUUGUUACGCCAACAACUGAACGUUUAAUAUUGCACGAAAAAUCGAUUAACUACAAACGAAUAGCAUCAUUAAAACAAAUCAUUUAUAUUUGGCCAAAUUUAAAAAUGGCUCAAGUCGACUCUCGCGAAGGUGAUUCAUCAAAAUGGAUGAAAACAUUCUAUGGUGUGCAAGAUAAAAUUUCUUUGGCACAAGCCAUUGGCAACGGUGAAUUGGUAUUAGCUGAUGUAUUUGAUAAUAUGGUAAGUUUUAAGUUACAUUCUGUAGAAUUAUUUUGA